UUGGCAAGAUGUAAAAAAUUUCAGUCAAUGUGCUAAAUUACAUACAUGUUGUAAGCAAUUAUUGUUGUGGCAAGGCUUUAAGUUAGUGAAAAAGUUAUGAACUAUGAUGUGCUUAUAUUCAAAUAGACAUAAUGAUAGUUUAGUACAAUGAACAAAUAACAAAUUUGAUAAUAUGCUCCAACAACAACUUACACUACCACUUUUUAUUUUGUUAAUUAUUUAUUUAUUAAUGUUAUUGAAUAGAAACUAUAUACCGGAUUCAUUUGAAGAAUAUUUGUUAGUUGAUGAGUGGUUGGAACAAAGUGAUCUUGGAGAGUACAAGAAAUUGUUCAAAGAAAAUGGUAUUUCAACGUUGUCAGGUUGCGCAUCGCCAGAGCACCUGGAUCGUCUUCCUGAGCUGCCUCCUCACGAGGAGAAGAGGCUGCGGCGCGCUGCUCAUGUGCUCCAGCAGAAGCUUAUCCUGCGCCAGUGGCUCAGCACCCACGCUCUCCAACACGUGUAUUCUAAGUUACUUACCUUGGAUGUAUCCUCCUUAGAAGACGUGUAUUGGCUCGAGGACUCGACUGCCCGACACGUUAUCGAGUCCAAGGAUUUCAACGCCUGGUCUCUGGCGCGCCAGAGCCUGCCCACCGGGAAGGAGGAGCUGCAAUGUCUGAAGAAUGAUCUCUGGAACACUGUGGUCAAGAACAGCAAGCAUCAGGACGCUUGGACAUGGGGUGGAAUGCUGAUCGUGUCAGUGUCGGUGUGCGGGCUGGUGACCCUGGCUGCCAUGACGCAGCCCUCGCUGGCGCCCGAAGCCAAGCACUCGCUGCUGCAGUAUGUCACCGGGAAGUAUCUCCAUCCGCCCAGCUGUAAGGUAGAGUGGGGUUGGGAGGAUCCACAGCCAGUUGGUGAAACGAUGUGCUUCACCAUUUACUGCUACCAGCGGAAUGGACAGCCGUACCCCAUCUGUGACACCGACGACCUUACCGUGCACAUCACUCACGCCACGAGGAAGAUCGCCGCUGUGGUGGAGCUGGGUUCCGGAGAGGCCGCAUUGGCCCACACUGCGCGCGUCAAGUUCACCGUGCGUCUGGCCGGACUCUACGUUAUCGCCGUCAUGAUCGGCGGCGUGGCGGCGGCCGGCGGCCCGUUCCGGCGCUGGUUCGUGGCGGGCGGCGUGGCGGCCCGUCGCUCGCGGGUGGGUCGCCAACACGCGCUGGUGUGCGCCGCCACUCGCGCCCGCCCGCUGCUGGUGCACCCGAGAGACCACUACGACAACCCCGCCACCCUCGCCGGCGACGCAGCCAAGGGUUUCUCAAUAGAAAUAAAACCAGUGGACGAGACUGAGGAGGAUCUGUCGGACGUGGCGCAGUUCGAGUACGACAGCGUGAACCAGCGCGUGAGUGUGUCGCUGUGCUUCCCGCGGCCGGGCGUGUAUCGCGCCGCCAUAUACUACAACGGCGAGAUACUACAUAACGGACACUUCGACUGUAUAGUGCUCACUCCGAGUGAUGCUGCCACAGUACAAAGACAGCUCUCGUCAAAGAGAACGAGUAUCACAUACGAGGCGCGGUUGAUCGCGGCGUCUCGAACGCGGCAGGCGAACGACGCUCCUGCUACCACCAAACAACGCCGAGUGCUUUGCUGCCUCAGUCCCAAGCAGUUGGUCAUCAAAGACUAUCUCUUCAAAAUCAUACCCAAACGGAUAUCUUCUUUCCGAGUCUGCCCAUCGACUAAGCUGGUGCUGUGCCCCCGCGCCGCAGGUGGUGCGCCGGGCGGGUCGCUGGUGCUGGAGGACGGUCUGCAGCCGCCGCUGACGCUGCAGGUGGGCGCCAGGGACCUGCUGGCCGCCGCCUUCUCGCAGCUGCUGGCGGCCAACUGCGGCGGCGACGACUGCUUCAAGAACAAGCAGGAGUUCCUGUACAGCGAGGUCCGUGCGCGGCACUCCCGCUUCAGCCACGAGCGCGUGCCGCUGCGCGUGCGCCGGUCCGACCUGCUGCGCUCCAGCUACAAGGCCACGAAACACUUCGCGCUCGCCGACUGGUGCAAGAACUUCGACGUGUGCUUCCAGGGCGAGCAAGGCGUGGACUGGGGCGGCGUGCGGCGCGAGUGGUUCUCGCUGGUGUGCAGCGAGCUGUUCGACGCGCGCUGCGGCCUGUUCGUGUCGUACACGGACUGCGGCCUCGUGCACCCCAACCCGCACCCGCCGCCGCAGCUCAAGAUGAAAUACUUCGAGUUCGCGGGCAAGAUCGUGGGGAAGUGUCUGUACGAGAGCGCGCUGGGCGGGUCGUACCGCCAGCUGGUGCGCGCUCGACUCGCACGGUCGUUCCGUGCGCUCGUCAUCGGACUGCGCGUGCAGUACAAGUAUUUCGAGCAAGAUGACCCUGAGUUGUAUUUGUCGAAAAUAAAAUACAUUUUGGAGACUGACCUGGACUCGCAAGAGGCCGCGCCCGAGAUAUACUUCAGUGAUGACGUGUACGACUCGCAGGGCAAGUUCAUUGAGACACACGAUCUUAUACCUAACGGCUCCACGAUACGGGUCACCAACGAGAACAAGAUGCAGUACCUCGACGCGCUGGCUCAGUGGCGCCUGGCGGGGCGCUGGCGCACGCAGACCGACGCCUUCCUGCGAGGACUGAACCUGCUCGUGCCCGACAACCUGCUGGCCAUCUUCGACGAGAACGAGCUGGAGCUGCUCAUGUGCGGCACGGGCGAGGUGUGCGUGUCCGACUGGCGCGCGCACGCCGUGGUGUCGGGCUGCGCGCGCAGCAUGGCGCGGCGCCUGGCGUGGCUGUGGGCGGCGCUGGAGAGCUUCACCAACGAGGAGCGCGCGCGCCUGCUGCAGUUCACCACGGGCUGCUCGCAGCUGCCGCCCGCCGGCUUCCAGGACCUCAACCCGCGGUUUCAGAUCACGGCGGCGCCGUCAUUCGGCGCGCUGCCCUCGGCACACACGUGUUUCAACCAGCUGUGUCUCCCGGACUACGAGUCCUACGAGCAGAUGGUGCACGCACUACUGUGGGCUAUCAACGAGGGCGGCGAGGGGUUCGGGAUGAUAUAGACUCUCAUGAUUAUGUCCAUAUCAAACAUCUUACUGCGCUAAACUAGAAUGACCUUACAAGUAAACUUGGUAUAAAGAAAAAAAAACUGAGGUAUAACCUCAGAAUAAACCAAUAAUUUACUAAACUUUGACCAUGUCGCUGACAACACUGUCAAUACAAUGAUAAUUCUGAAGUUUUACGAAUGUCAGGCAGUCUUGCAAAUAGACGCGGCAAACAUACGUCUGAAUAAACCAAUCGUAAGCAGAAUGUCUAUUUGUAAACAAAUUCCAUAUUCUUGGUAUAUUCUCGGGUAUAAAUUUAUACCAAGUUUAUUUGUAAGGCCGGAAACGUUAUGGAGGAGACAAUCUCUGCACCACACAUAUGUCCCGCUUGGGAAAAACUGAAACCUUCACCGCUUCCAAGGACAUCACCCACCAACAAGCCAGCGUAAACCACGCUAUAUUUAGCUCUGGACAAAUUUUAGUGCGCGUGUGUUAUUUGUUCUAAACUAUGAAAUUAAAUAUUUAAGACACAAAAAUUAAAAAUAAAUUCAUUUUUUUAAUAUGUUAAAUUUAGUAUUUUGUUAAAUUAAUUGGACGUAGUUCCUAAAAAACGUUCCAAGCCACAAACAUCAUAUUUUAAGGAAUUCGUGUUUAAAGUUUAAUAAAUAUUUGUAUAUUCCAUACCCGUGGGUUAGGCUACUAAGUCAUGAGGUCAAUUAAAGAGUGACAGUAGGGCUGCCACUUUUUGUCAGUCCGUUAAUAUGAAUCACGUGACCAGUUUUGUGUUCUUAACUCAAUUCCGACAUGAUUGUGGUUUGGAACGGUUUUCUAGAAUUUCGUCCAAUUUAUCUCCAGAAUGUCCUGUUUAUUGAGACAUUAUUAUAAUCUCGAGAGUGAUACUGACUAAAAGUAUUAUAAUGAUUUAAGUAUGACUUUAUGAAACUGUAGAGGCUCACACACAAAGAUUUUAUUAGUUAUUGUUUUAUGUACUUUUAUUAUGUUGAUAUUUUCUUAAACACUAUGUUCUAAUAAUUAUGUAUAAUAACAUUAUGUAGAUGUUGUUAUUAAAGUCUUAUUUAAAUAGUUAUUUAUGAGUAUGUUAUGGCAGUAGAAUGUGUGUUUGGGGCUUAAGAGCUUUAAGCUUGAACAAUAGCUACCAAUUUAUUAUCUUUAAAUUAUAGUUCUCAAAUUGUUGGUUCAUUAAAUAUUUUAGUAUUUCUAAAAAUAAAAGUAUUGUAAAUAUUUAUUAAGGAAUUGAAUUUAAUGACAAUAUCCGUUCAGUUGAUAUAAUAUUUUAGUUACAGUAACGACAAAUUCACAGUCCGUGUCUUGAAAACUGUAAUAUUACAAAAUUAUAAUUGUAAGUCACGCUACAUGUUGUAUGCGAGUAAACAUCGUUAGAGUUUGAAUUGAUAACUGACUUGUACAAAUACAAUCUUCAAUAGAUUUUUCGAUUUCAGAAUUUACGAAUAUUAUUGUUGUCUUGACACUAAUCUCAUCUUUCAAUCAAUAUAAAGCAGUGCCGAAGCCUUUGAAAAUGAUAAAGGGAAAAAAAGUAAUUAUAGUAGGAUGAAACCCAUUAGAAAAGGAAGAGAAUAUAAGAAAAAUGAAAGGAAAAAUAAAUUACGGGUGAUCUGAGGUCGGGAAUUGGAAAAGGGGGUUUAAGGGUAAAAAACGGCUUAUAUCCAUUUCCGGCGAAACUACAAGUCCUAUGGAAAAAAGUUAGGUAGCAAAGUUGUAAUAGAAAGAUCUACAACUUUUGUUUUUGCACUCUUUUCACAUAACCUAAAAAUUUUUGUAAAAAAAUUUACAACUUUACAAAAAAGUUAUUACCACGAAUUUUUGUGAAUAACCUUUUGUUCGACCUCGAUGAAAUGCUGUCUUUUAGUCCCUGGUGCGAGGGACGGAAGUGGCCGAUUCUUCUCCCGGCAAGACGACUUUUGUCCCUCGUACCAGGGACUAAAAGCGAGCUCUUCAUCCAGGUGGGAAAAAAAUUAUUAUCCGUAUUACGUGAAAUAAGUAGAACAUUGCCAACCGCCAUUGUCAAUAUUCCACGGGUGAGAAUGACCUACUUUUCUUCCUAGGUGCGUAAUAUACUAUUAUUUAUCCCAGAUACACUGUAUUUUUUUUUUAAAUUUCAAAUUAUUUAUUUAUUUUUUCACCUUAUUUUGAUUUUACAUUUUUCACCUUAAUAUCGAAAAAGAACCCUAAUUUACAAUUGAGAAUUCUCACGUCAAUAUAUUAAGUUGUUUCAAAAAAGUCUGUGGGCGUUUUGUUUUGUGAAAUCUCUACUUUUUCUUGGUGUAUUAAAAAAAUAUACAUAACUAUGGUAAAUGUUCUCAGAAAAUGCAAAGAAACGAAAAAUCUCGAAACCGAAAAAAUUCUUAUUUCAUGUACAAUUUUGAGCUAUUUAUUCAAAUUUACACUUUAAUUACUAGAAAAAUUUAAGAUUUCAUGUUAAAAUUGGAUAUUGAAAUAUACUACUUUUAUUAACUACCAAAUACGUUACUAAAGUUAUAUUAUAAUUUAUUUUGUUUCAUUCUUGUUAUAUUCCCUUCCUUUCACAAUGGGUUUCAUCCCACUAUUAUUUAUUUGCUUUCAAAAAUUAUCGACCCUGGUCUACUAGUCAUAUUACAAAUGCAAAAAAUAGAUAAUAUCUUAGUAGCUUUACAAUGAUAAACGUAUCAUAGGUGGUUAAGAUAUUUGGGAGUUGCCAUAUUUAAGUUGGCAUGUGUAUAUUAAUACCUGUGUUUUGAAUCUAUUUUGCCUAACAAUGGAACCUCCCAGAAUCUAGAAAUAUUGUAUAAAUCUUAUUUUUGUAGCAAUAAUUGAAAUGUAGAUAUUUAUGUAGGUAAUCUUCUGUCCGUAUGCACUUGAUAGAAUACAGCUUGCAUUGUUAUUUAUAUUAGUUAUUGUGGUUAGUUAUAUUCAAGUUGUGAAUAUUGUUAUUAAUUAUAAUUAGUCUUUUGAGUCAAAAUUAUUGUAUUUAGUUUAUAAAAUGGAUUAAUAAGUAAACUAUGUCAUAAACGUGUCAAAAGUUUCUCUAAAUCUAGUCAUUAAAAUAAAUAAAACUCACUAAAUAUACUGUUACACAUAUCGAUCAUAAAAGUUAUGAAUAAAUGUUGGUACGAUACCAUCGAUAUCUUAAAGGUUCUUAUAUUAUAAUCCGUUCAUUACUGUUAUCGGGUUCUUUAGCCUGGCAACACCAAAUACUGUAUUCAACAAUAAUAGCUUUGGCCUAAGUGAUUGCAGACUAUCGGCAGUUAUCUAAAUUCUAUCUCUGAUCUAAUAUUAUUUAGAAUCCAUUCCCAUCUGUCAAUCGAUCCUGAAUCUGCGUUUCAAUAUGUCAGUCUUAGGGCUAUAUUUCACCGGAACACCAUCGCGGUGGUGCCCGUAAGCCACCAAACUAGACACCAGAGUCAUGAUGCGUCCGAGCAGAUCGCGCCACUAAAUUGGUUGCGCAACAGGUGCGUAACUCUCUAAAGAGCUGUAAACAUUUUGUUGAUAACAACGACUGGUUGCGCCACUGUUGUGUCCCGGUGAAAUAUAACCUUUACUUUAGCUAUUGAAAACGCUUAUAUCUACGGCCCACUGACCUCUACUAUAUACCACUCGACUGGUGCCUGUCCAGUGCUUUUGUGCCUGUUUGAUGUUGGCCAUGUAGCGAGAGUCUGCGGUACUAAAACUAGUGAUGACAACCUCAGCAAACAUAGAUUUAUGGUGGGAAACUAUUUACUAAAAAAAAUUAUUUACUUUAUUACGUUGAUUCCUGAAGUAUAAUAGCACGGAAAAUGAACGAAAUUAAUUUGAAAUGCAAAAAUACUUCAGAGAAUUGUACGUUCCUUCGCAGCCAUUUGUAUUAUACGUCACAAUUAGUUCUCUGGACGCUCGCGAGUGGCGCUUCAAGUAGGUACAAAAAAUUUGCUGUCAAACUUAAGGAACAGUCAAGUGGAAUUUAUACAGGUUAGUGCUAUGGCCUGUGUCACAUUCACACAAAUACCAAUACAUCAGAUUGAUUGAAAACAGUUAUCCCCGAACCGACCCAUUGUUCGGUUAUUGAAAUGCCAAAAACAGCCGAAUCAACAAAAUUUGUGAUUCUAGUUCAUAAUCUGUGUUUAAAAUCUUGCAAAUUACGUUAAGCAUAUUGCGUAAUGAAAUCAAUAUCUUUAAUUUUACACGCAGAAACGAUUUAAAAUUAUACUUUAAUCGAUUAAAUUAGAUUUUCGCCUGUUACAUGAAAUCCGUUAUAAAUAUAUAGAAAAUAUACCUACAUAACUGUCUCAUGUUGUUAAACAAAGAUUUCCGCUAAUAUUAAAUUUUAUGAUCUUGAAUAUACCGAGGAAGUGUUGUACAUUCCAAUUCUUGUUGUAGAUGAAAAUAGGAUUGUAAGACUGAAUAAAUAAAUUAUCAUA